GAAGAUGAGAUUCUGGAAAUGUACUUUGAAAACAAAAAGAAGUCAGGUGGUGGGGCCAUUGAGUCCUGCAUCAGAAAGGAUCAGCAGAUGAUCAUCACCUUUCAGGAUGAGGAAGAUGCCCAAGAAGUUUUGCAAAGGAAGUAUCACUCAGUGAAAAAAAUUGGUCUGUUGGUGAAGCCAUGGCAAGAGGAGGACUCUGAAGAAUUCCUGCCUUCAAACAGAGUUGUGCUUGAAAACAUGCAGGAGACAGUAAAAGAAAGCAUGUUAAUUAUGCUGGUAGAGAAUAUCAGUGGCUUGUCAGAGGAUGAUGGUGACUUCAGUGUGGAAAUGAUACCUGAAAUACGUGGUGCUGUUGUUACUUUUACUGGAAAUUUUGUUGCGGGGGAAUUUGCUGAAAAGCUUAAUCAAAACUACAGAGCAAAGCAACAAAACAUUACUGCACGGUGCCUUGAGCUAACAAAAAGUGUUAGGGCUGAAAAUGUACCCCCUGACACACCCAGUGACUAUAUAACUGUCUACUUUGAAAAUAAGAAGAAUGGAGGUGCACAAGUGGUGGAUGUUCAGCAGCUGCCUGAUGAAGAUGCAGCUAUCGUUACAUUCAAUGACCAUAAAGAUGUAACCAAUAUCUUGGCAAAGCAGCAUUCACUCAACAAAACACCCAUCUCUGUCUAUCCUUACUACACCUCGCUGGGAACAGCUCUGUACGGAAAGGAAGGGCCACAAAUAAAGCAGCCAGAUCCAAUUGCAGUGCCUCUGGAUCCGUAUAUCUGGUCUUACUUGCAGAGAAAUAAUGGACUAACUGAGGCAAUAAGUUGUGAAAUGGCAAAGUGUAGUUGUGUGCUAACAUGGCCUGAUCCCCACAGUACAGACCCAAAAGUUACUCUACAUCCUUCACCUGCUUUGUCUGAGCAGAAGAGAUUAGUGUCUCGAUUGAUCAAGACAUGGAAUGAAAAUGUGUCUGCGGCAUUUUCACAUAACAUAUCCAAGUACAAGGCAGUUAAAUGUCAAGUAAGUGCAGAGGUGUGGGAAGCCAUUAGAAACAGCUUCACCCACGAUGAAGUGGUGAUAAUCCCAUGUAUUUCCAAGGAAAUGCUUGUUGUAGUAGGUGAAGAGGAAGUUGUGAAGAAUGUUGAACAAGACCUGAAUGUUCUGAUAGAAAAGGCCACCAGAGAAAUACAAAGAGAAAAGCAAAAAACUGAGGAAACGCUGGUAAUAGGUCCAGGGGAAUAUGCAAUUUUACAGGCCACCAGUCUUGAAGAAAUAAUUUGUAAGGAGUUCCCAGCUCUACGGAUAAGUUAUGAUCCUUUGCAGAAGGUGGUUAACCUAUGUGGAGUGCCUGAGGAAGUUUAUAAGGUAAAAGGGGAGAUAUUAGAUAAUAUACGCAAAAUGGCAAAGAAAACAGUUAAUAUCCACCCUUACAUUUUCCAGUUUUUGGAGCAUAUUGAUAAUGAAACCCUGUCACAGAGCCUGUUUAUGUCAAAACAAAUUAAUGCCUUUUAUGAGCUUGGCACAGAAGCUAUCAUCUUGAAAGGGAGUGGCCCUGAAGAUCUCAUAAAAGCAGAAGAAGAAAUAAAGAAGGAACUGGACUACAAAAGCAUUACUUUGGAGGAUAGGUCAGUCCUUCAGAAAAAGGAAUGGUGGCUGCUCACCAAGCAAAACUGCUCUAAUGAAACCGUAACAGUCACUCAGGUAGAGGGGGCGGUCAUCGUUGCUGGCUGUUGUCAACCAGUAGCAAAAGCCUUUGAGGAACUUUCUAACUUCGUUGAUGAAAAUACCCAAGUACAAAAGGUCAUCGGAGGAAAGCCCAUGGCAGUCGUACUGUUUUUUGAGAAAGAGAAAACCAAUGUUUGGAAUGACUUACAAACUAAAGGUGUGAAAGUUAACUUCAGCAUGCAGAGCAGAUGCAGAGUUAUAUCCCUGAGUGGGCCGAGAAAGGAAGUGCUGAAGGGAGUCACCUUAGUUGAGCAGAUUCUGACUGGCCUGCACUAUAAGCGUGUGGUAAUUAGAGAGCCAGGAGCCAAGUCCUAUUUCAAAGAGCGAGAACACUUUUUUGCCGCCAGUGCAAAACAAGAGUUCAAGUGUCUGGUCAGGCUGGAGGAACCGUCGGAAGGAGAGCAAGAGCACAGUGCCAGGGGCAAGCCCUACGCACAGGUGACCACAGGGGGGGUCGCAAUCGCGGUUUAUAAAGCUGACAUGUGCACUCAUCCUGUUGAUGUCGUGGUAAAUGCAUCCAAUGAAGACUUGAAACACAUCGGUGGCCUUGCCGAGGCACUGUCACAAGCAGCUGGUCCAGAGCUGCAGCAGGAGUGUGACAGGCUGGUGAGGAGGAACGGGAACCUGCAGCCUGGCUGUGCCGUUAUCACGGGCUCCGGGGAACUUCCCUGCAAGAAUGUCAUUCAUGCUGUCGGGCCCAGGUGGAGGAAGGAUGAAGCAGAAAAGUGCGUGUUCUUGUUAAGAAAGACAGUGAAGAAAUGUCUACAGCUAGCAGAAACAUUUAAUCAUGGUUCCAUAGCUUUGCCCGCUGUAAGCGGAGGGAUUUUUGGCUUCCCUCUGGAACUGUGUACAUAUUCGAUUGUGUCUUCCAUCAAGGAGACCUUGGAAGAAUCCACGGGGGAUAGCAGCUUGAAGGAGGUUCAUCUGGUGGAUGUUGCACAGAAUAACGUUCAGGCUUUCAGCAAGGCACUGCAAGAGGUGUUUUCAGAUUGUUCACCUUCCUACAGGUCACUUCAGCGUAAGAGAAGCAAAAUUUCUCACAAUAGCAAGAACUUGUCAGUGGUAACAACUAAGGAAGGCCUUGACAUCAUGCUGAGAAAAGGGAGCAUUGAAGAUGCUACAACAGAUAUUGUUGUCAUCAGUGUUGCCAAAGAUCUCCAGCUUGGUAAAGGGCCGCUCUCUAAAGCUUUGCUGAGCAAGGCAGGUCCUAUGCUGCAGAUGAGCUUAAAAGAAGAAGGCCUCAAACAAACACCUGAGGAGGGCUCUGUGUUGAAAACAGAAGGUUGCAAUCUAGCUUGCAGCAUUGUGCUUCAUGCUGUCGUACCUGCAUGGUCCCAGAAACACGCAUCUUCAAAGGUCUUGGGUGACAUCAUCACAAAAUGUCUGGAGAUUGCUGAGGAACUGUCUUUAAAGUCAAUUACUUUCCCAGCGAUUGGGACGGGGAAUUUAGGAUUCCCCAGAUCUGUUGUUGCUAAAUUACUGUUCAAAAAGGUGUUUGAAUUCAGCAGUAAAAAUAGAGUAUGUUCUCUUGAAGAAGUCCACUUUCUGUUGCAUCCAAAAGACACAACUAAUAUCCAGGAAUUUUCCGUUGAAUUUGAGAGCAGGUGUGGAAAUACUGUAGGUGUUAAAGUGCAGAAGACUUCUGGAGGUGAAGCUAGCCAAAGCACAGCUUCCUCUGCUACCUCUUCAACGCCAGCACAGAACGUACAUGAAAUGACAGUUGGUUCCAUUGUAUUUCGGGUGGCAGAAGGUGAUAUUACCAAGGAAGAGGCAGAUGUCAUUGUGAACAUAACAAACCAAAGCUUCAGGCUCAAAACAGGUGUUUCUAGAGCAAUUCUGAAAGGGGCUGGAAAAGCAGUCGAAGAUGAAUGUGCUCAACUAGCCUUGCAAAUGAAUCAGAGCUAUAUCACGACCCAAGCAGGGGACCUGCCGUGCAAAAAAAUAAUUCAUUUUGUUGCCCAAGAUGAUAUCAAGGAGAUAGUCUCCAAAGUGCUUCAGGAAUGUGAAUCACAGCAGUACACCUCUGUUGUCUUCCCAGCAAUUGGAACAGGUGAGGCAGGCCGUGAUCCAGCUGUAGUAGCUGAUGACAUGGUAGAUGCAGUAACUGACUUUGCUAGAAGUAACUCUGCUCCAUCUGUGAAAACUGUUAAAGUUGUCAUCUUCCAGCCACAUCUGCUGAGUGUGUUCCAUAGAAGCAUGCAGAAGAAAGAAGGUUUUGCUAAAACAGCCAAAUCAUUCCUUUCCAAGUUAACAUCAUUCUGGAGCUCUGAGAAAAAAAGUUCUCCAAAGGAAAAAACCAAAGCAAUUUUGGAAAAGAAAAUUGACCUGGCUGUUGUGCAGAUUUGUGGUGAAAACAAAAAGAAAGUGGAAGAAGCUGAAAACUGGUUGAAAAGUGCAAUUUUAAAGGAACAGUUUGAAACAGAAAUCACAGAUGAGUCAAUCAUUCAUUUUGGUGAAGCAGAGAAUGAGGAGCUGCAGAACCUACAAAAGAAAUUAAAGAUUGCUCUUCGUUUGGGGAAUAACUCUGUUCGAAUUUCAGGCAUUGAGAAAGAUGUCUGGAUGGCUUACUCAACUGUCCAAGAAAUGAUCCACAGGGUAAAAGCUGCUAAGCAGGACGAGAUCAGGGCAGAACUUCUGCAAAACUUAAUUGAGUGGAAAUAUUUUAAAAAGGAUUCCUACGUGCCAUUUGACAGUCGCACAAAUAUGCUCUUGGAAAAUGCUUUCAUGGAAAAGCGGAAAUCUAUUCCGGUCACCAUUGCUGAGAAAACAUACACCGUGAAUUUGGAAGCUCGAUGUGCUCUGGAUGACCAAGGCAAAUGUAAAUCCCUCCUACGCAUUGAUAAAUCUGAAGAUCAGGAGUCUACAGUGCUCCCUGCAACAUGGGAUGAUAUGGAGAACCAGCGACUCAAACUAGUGGAACUAAAACCAGAAACAAGAGAAUACAGAGAUGUGCAAGAAAAGUUUCUGAAGACUUGUCAGUCACUAAAAAUUGAAAAGAUUGAAAGAGUUCAGAACCCAUAUUUUUGGAAGGCCUACCAAAUAAAAAAGCGUGAAAUGGAUAACAAAAAUGGCAACAGGAAUAAUGAGAAGCUUCUCUUUCAUGGGACAAGUAAGGAGUCGUUAACCUUAAUUAACAACCACGGAUUUAACCGGAGCUACGCUGGAAUGCACGCUGCAAACUUUGGAAACGGAUCAUACUUUGCUGUUGACGCCAGCUAUUCUGCCAGCGAUAUUUACUCUAAACCUGAUGUGAAUGGGAAGAAGUACAUGUACUUGGCUCGAGUCCUUGUUGGAGAAUAUUCUCAGGGGACAAGAGGAUCCAUUACUCCAGCGGCAAAAAGCGCUAGUAACUCUGUAGAUCUGUUCGAUAGUUCGACCGACAAUGUGAACCGGCCAUCCAUGUUCAUCAUCUUUAAUGACAUUCAAGCCUACCCAGAAUACCUUAUCACUUUUACUAGAUAA